AUGGCGAUCUUCGCACACAUCCCCUUCCUGCCCUUCCUCGACGUACCCGCGCCGCUUCCGGACGAAGACACUCUCCGCCAACUAGCGACGAUCGUGCCCGUCCUGGUCGCCGCAUCCAUAUCUGAGAAGAUCACGCCGCUGCUGCCGAGCCAUGUGGAGACCUACAUCUUCGACGACCUUGCCGACGGCCAGGCUGAGGAACAGCUGGUCGGGCUGCUCGACCGGGGCGCAGGCAAGGUGUUCACGCAUCGGCAGGCCCAGCUCAUCAGCAUGGGCGUCCCCGUCUCCCGCAUCGUGCCCCGUCUCGCCGCCUCCGACCCUCUUCCAUCCACGCCAUGCAUGCUCGAAGCCUUCCCGCCGAUCGAGCACACCCAGAAAACAAGAGACCAUCCGGUCUUCCUCUUAGGCCCUCCUCAGCCGGACACAGUCAACUUAUCCGAAAUAGUCGCCAUGCACAACCAGGUGCCCCUCAUCCGCGCCGCCGACCUCAUCAAGCUCGGCCCACACGCUCUGGUCGGACUGUUUCUAGACGGGCUCAAGACCGACCGGGCCGACGGCCUGUUCGCCACUUCCGUCGUCAGCCUCGCCCCUAGCUCCACUCUGCUCGGCCAAGUGUACUCCUCGCGCGAGUCGAUCGAGGUGAUGGUGCGGACGGGGCAGGCAACCUACUUCAGUCGCUCACGCAACGAGCUGUGGGUGAAAGGCGCGACCAGCGGCGCCACCCAACAAUGUGUGCGGAUCCGGACGGACUGCGAUGGCGACGCCUUGGAGGUCACGGUCGUCCAGAGCCCCGGGACCGGGUUCUGUCACACCGCUGAAAUCUCCUGCUUCGGCCCGCUCGGAGGCCUUUCCCAGCUCCAGUCCACGCUCCUCCAACGUCGCCAAAACGCCCCUCAGGGGAGCUACACCCACCGUCUGUUCAACGACGAGAAGCUGCUCAAGGCUAAGAUUAUGGAAGAGGCCGACGAGCUUUGCCAUGCCGAGAGUGCCCAAGACGUGGCGGACGAGAUGGCCGACCUGGUAUACUUCGCCCUCGCUCGUUGCGUCGCCAAAGGCGUCUCGCUCCGGGACAUUGAGGCCACUCUCGACCGACGCGCACUCAAGGUCUCUCGCAGAAAGGGGGAUGCCAAGCCCCACUGGGCCGCCAAGAUCGCCGGGGCCCCUUCUCCUCCCCCUCCGCAGGCCCCACCAGCCGGGCAGCCCGGCGAGCUUUGCUGUCAAGUAAUCGAUCUGGCGGACGUCCCAGAGGCCGACCGGGCCGCUUUGCUCAAACGUCCGAUGACCGAUGGGCGCACGAUGACCGGACUAGUGAGGCCGAUCGUGGAGAUGGUGAAGACGCGGGGGGAUGCUGGGCUUUUGGACGCGGUCUCGAAGUACGACCGGUGCGGGUUUGCAUGCGCCUCGGAGCUGACCCUCCGGGCGCCGUUUGCGGACCGCAGUGGCGAGCUGUCUGCGGAAACUAAGCAGGCGAUCGACGUGGCGUACGAGAACAUCUUCAUGUUCCAUGCGAAGCAGUUGGAGAAGGAGAAAGAGCCGAUGGUGGUGGAGACGAUGCCCGGCGUGCUGUGUUCCCGGUUCGCACGGCCGAUCGACCGGGUAGGCUUAUAUGUGCCCGGCGGGACGGCGAUCCUUCCCUCGACAGCCUUGAUGCUUGCGGUCCCCGCCCAGGUGGCCGGGUGCCCGUGGAUAAGUCUGGCGACGCCGGCAAGAGCCGAUGGGACGAUCAGCGCGGAGAUCGUGCACAUAGCUACGAAGUGCGGGGUGUCAGAGAUCGUGAAGGCGGGCGGGGCGCAUGGGAUCGCGGCGAUGGCCUAUGGGACCCCGACGGUGGCCAAGGUGGACAAGAUCUUCGGCCCGGGCAACCAGUUCGUCACCGCGGCGAAGAUGAUGGUCGCGGGAGACCUCCAGGCGGCCACGGCAAUCGACAUGCCCGCCGGGCCCUCCGAGGUCCUCGUCAUAGCUGACUCCUCCUGUGUCCCCAGCUUCGUCGCCGCCGACCUCCUCUCACAGGCCGAACACGGCCCGGACUCCCAGGUCGUCCUCUUAGCUGUCGGCCUCCCUGCCCCCCUCCUGGCCGAGAUCGAGCAGCAGAUCGUGCUCCAAGCACAGACCCUGUCCCGGCUCGAGAUCAUCAGACAGUCUAUCAGGAAGAGCUUCAUCCUCAAAGUCCCCACUCUCCCGAAAGCCCUCGACAUCAGCAACCAGUACGCCCCCGAACACCUCAUCCUCCACGUCACCAAUCCCGCCGACGUCGUCCCGUUGGUCCGGAAUGCGGGGAGCGUUUUCGUGGGCCCGUUCUCGCCCGAGAGCUGUGGCGACUAUGCCUCAGGCACCAACCAGUCAGUCUUUUCCCUUCCCACUCCCUCCUUCCCUUUCCCUCACAUUAAACUAAUCGAGUUGAGGGUUUGUAGCUCGUUGCCGACGGUGGGCUUCGCAAAGCAAUACUCCGGCGUGUCUACUCUCAGCUUCAUGAAACACAUCACCGCCCAGACUCUUUCCGAGCAAGGAUUGAGGAACAUCGGCCCGACUGUCGUCACCCUUGCUACCGUCGAGGGCCUCGAUGGCCAUGCUAACGCCGUCAAUGUCAGGCUUAGGGUCAGUCCUUCUGGGCCAACGGACGCCGCUUGA